AUGACGGGCCAGAGCCGGGCCACGAAAUGCACAGCUCGCUUGCCGUCGGGGUGGGCGGAGCCAGUUGUGCGCCGGGCUUGGGGCCCGCCCAGCGGCAGCCGGACGUGCUUCAGACCCCGCGCUCUGGGCAGCGGCUGGGUGCGUGGUCCGGUUGCUGCGUGGAGUGAAGCUGCUGGGCUGCUGCUCUUCUUGCCGCUCCCUUGCUCAGGGCCGCUGGUCGACCCCCACCCUCCCCACUCCCCUUGGCCUCGAUGUUCUCACCUUACAGGCGGCUCUUUGCCGAAGCACGAGCUCCUCGCCCCGCUCCUCUUGGUUAUUGCGCUCCGCCCCCUCGUCUCUCUUCCUCCCGGUCCCCAGCGGUCUCCAGGGUUCUCCGACGGUCGGAGCUACGGCGUCCCGACAUGCGGCGGGCCGCUGUGCUCCUGCUGCUCAUCAGGACCCGGCCCUUGGAGGGCGACGACCGGAAACCCAGCUGGAAAUUCCGCUUUGAUUUCUAACCUCUCCUCGUCUGAUGUUCCUGACGUCGUUCUGGACUUCUUCGAUUGCCAGCAGAACGAUUCAAGCAAGCCAAUCACAUCCUUGCUUAGGAACCAGGGGGUACCUCACCCUCGUGAUACUGCAAAGCCCGCUUCCCACAGACCCUUCUGGUUCACGCCGUUCCAGAAUGCAACCCCCAUGUGUCCUGCAUGGCCUGCGAUGUCCUCCUCUCCUGGGCUGCCCAAGAGGGGACAGAGGUUCGAGCCCUGGUCCGGGAAGAUCCCACAUGCCGCGGAGCAACUAAGCCCGUGCGCCGCAACUACUAAGCCUGUGCUCUAGAGCACGUGAGCCACAACUGAUGAGCCCAUGUGCCACAACUACUGAAGCCUGCACGCCUAGAGCCCGUGCUCUGCAACAAGAGAAGCCACCGCAAUGAGAAGCCCGUGCACCACGAUAAAGAGUAGCCCCCACUCGCCGCAACU